UAGAGACGCGCUGAAGCUACUCGCCGGCUGCACGUGAAGAAAGGCGGAACCUUCACGCUGAUUGGCGGCGACCAGACGCAGGGGGCGGGCGGGAACGUGAAGCUCCGCUGAGCCUGAUGGGGCCGUAGGGCGGCUGGUAGCUGCCGCUGUUGGGGGACCCGUUCAUUUCUGCCGCCGCCGUCCCUGCCGCCUCAUGGCGGCCAUCGGAGUUCACCUGGGCUGCACCUCAGCCUGUGUGGCCGUCUAUAAGGAUGGCCGGGCUGGUGUGGUUGCAAAUGAUGCCGGUGACCGAGUUACUCCAGCUGUUGUUGCUUACUCAGCAAAUGAAGAGAUUGUUGGGUUGGCAGCAAAACAAAAUAGAAUAAGAAAUAUUUCAAAUACAGUUAUGAAAGUAAAGCAGAUCCUGGGCAGAAGGGUGCUCUCAAGGGACCCCCAGCUACAGCAGCUCCCACAACCUUUUCAGAGGUGCAGUUGCUCCCUGUCAGAGCAGCCCCAUGGCCAGACUGGGUGUGUCUGGGGAGCCCAGCCCCUGCACCAGCACCAGCCACAGCACUCCUGGGGUAGCCUCCACUCCGCAGACUCCAGUCUUCUCUUCCAGAGCUGGUUUUGUUUCUGGUGGGGAUAGGCCCUUGACCAGUGAGCCCCCUCCAAGGUGGGCAAGGCGAAGAAGGCGGUCAGUGGCCAGGACUAUCGCAGCUGAGUUGGCAGAAAACAGGCGAUUGGCACGAGAACUCUCAAAGCGGGAGGAAGAAAAACUGGACAGGCUGAUUGCUAUUGGUGAGGAGGCCAGUGCUCAGCAAGACACUGCCAAUGAGCUCCGCAGGGAUGCUGUCAUCGCAGUCAGACGUUUGGCAACAGCAGUGGAAGAGGCAACUGGUGCUUUUCAGCUAGGCCUUGAAAAAUUGCUUCAGAGGUUGAUUUCAAAUACCAAAACUUAGGAACUGAUUACAAAAGGCUCUGUUUCCUAAACUGGUAUAAGUCUAGUUCCAAAACCUGCCUUCUGAAUCCCUGGCUCCUUUUCUGUGUCCUCAGAAAAGAAACAUGGAUGAACCAUUAUUAUCCACAUAGUAUGACUAUUCUUACUAGUUCGUUUUCCCCAGAUUCUCCACCAAAUGGAAGACCUUUCAGAAACACAAGGGGUGGCCAAGUUCUAGAGAGCUGGUUUGUCCUAGCUUUGUCACAGAUGUGAAACAGUUUACCUCUCUCCAGCGGUUUCUUCGUCUGUAAAAUGGGAAUCAAUAAUAACUCCUGCCCUGCCUACCUCACAGGGUUGUUGUGAGGAUCACAUGACUCAGAUGUGAAAGAGUUUAAAAGUUUAAAAGCACUAUACACAUUCAAGUUAUUGAUGCAUAUGGCCUUGGCUGAGGUAAGGCACAUUAGUUUACAAGAUACGGGAGUAUGGAUGUAUACUGUGACUUCAUUGCUUGAAUCUUUCCUUUGCUGGUUUAACUUGAUUGCUUCAUGGAGUUUGAAAUCUUAAUUUUUAAAAUCCUUGUGUGGCUCAUUAGACUUGUAUAGUCACAACCCGUAUUUGUACCUUAAUCUCAUACGUUUCCACUGCUGUCUCUGACAUAUCUACUAGCAAGCACUCUUUUAAUAGUCAAACCAUUUUCUCUCCUUCGUUUUACUGGCUCUUAAUCUCGUAGCAAUAUAAGGAAAUAAGAAGUGACAGGGACCCACUAUAGUUUGUUAUGGUUUAUAUCAAUAAUCUUCAAUAUAAAACAUUGGCCGUUUUAUAAAAUAUUAAAUGUAAGGAAAUUCUUUGCAUUUCAUACUAUUUGGGUCCCUUUAGAUGCUUAAGUUACAUCUUUUAAAUUUCAGUUGCCAUUUGAACAUUGUAGAAACAAUUUAGAUUAUAUCAGUUUCCAAUCUGCUUUUAGCUGAUUUCAUUCUUUUCUGUUAUUUUUUUAUCUAGUAUGUUAUACAGGGCAAGCCCUAGAAAACUUUCCUUUCAAGGAGGUUUCCAAGGUUACUUUUCCUCAGAUGUUGUAGACAGAAGUUUGUGUAGUUGACGGCAUCUGGUAGAAGAGAAAAGCUUUGUUUCCCCCUUUAACUUUGGGAAGAGUAGAGGAUGAUGUGGAUAAAGAUUGUCUGCAAUAGAUGACUUCUUUUAAGCACUAGCCCUGAACAGAUAAGUCCCGUCCUCUCCCCUAGACACACUUUGGGAGAGAUGAAGGUGAUAAGUGACACUUUCGAUUUACUCUAGAAGGGAAGCCAUUAUUGUCUGUCAUUAAACUAACUUAAAGCUUUCAGUGGUUUACGCAGUACUUGUUGGAAUACAAAUAGGAAUCUUUGGAAUUUAAAAGUUUUCCCGUAGUCUAGAAGCUGGAAAAAU